AUGGCUUUGUCCACCACUCCUACUCUAGAGAGUCCGUGUCUCAUCAUGAGAACCCGCGGACAAGGGGACCUCUCCCCCAAUGAUGAUCUUGAUGGAGUUGACACAGGAGACCUUCGGAUUCUUCUCCAGCUUGCCCGACAAACGACUUAUUGCAUCGAGACCGAACUUGCGGCGCGAUCAGCUCUUAGCCGGUUGCCGACUAGUGUUAGGAACUGCAUCGAGAAAAUGCACGAUACCAUACAAAAACUUGAUGUCUUGCAGCGUUUGGACGACACAGCCGGCCUGAUGUCUACGGCGGCUAAAAUUAUGCAAAACGAACAGACAGGGCGUCGGGAGAAAAUAUACAAACAGUUUCUUAUUGAUAUCCGCGAUCAUUGUGGUCCUAGUACGACUUUAUUGUGUGCUAAAAGUUUGGGCAAGCGAAGAAUAGUUGAUUUAAACAUCAGAGAGAGGAUAUCCCUGCUAAGUUAUCUGAAGAACAACUCAAAGACUUUCCAACAUCCUGUUCUUGAUGGUCUCGCGCUUAGACUCGGGGUCACUGGUGAACAUCAGUCAGUUGUUGAGAGACAAAUCGAAUACAAAUACUCCGAAGCAUCCAUCGAUGUCAUCUCGAUGUUGGGUCCUGAUCUGGCAAAUGCGGUCCAAGCAAGCAACCAAUACAAAUGGGAGCGACAAACAGGAGGUUCGACAACAGAUUGUAUACAAGGGUUGACUCCGAGAAAUAGGGGCGAUAUUACUCUUCAGUUGCUGCUUGGCUUCGAUGAGGGGACUGAAGUCAUGGAAGAGCUUGAGAUGCAAGUGGUAUGA